AUGCCAGCUUUCUAUCCUAACGCCGUCGCACGACUCACCCAGACAGCUAGAAUCAUGUCGCAGAUCAACGAGGUCUUCAUCGUCUCCGCCGCACGAACGCCCAUCGGCUCGUUCAACGGUGUGCUCAAGAAGGCCACCGCUCCGGAGCUCGGCGUGGUGGCCGUCAAGGCCGCCAUCGAACGCGCCGGGCUCAAGCCGGACCAGAUCGAGGAGGUCUACAUGGGCAACGUGCUCCAGGGCAACGUCGGCCAGGCGCCCGCUCGUCAGGUUGCUCUCAAGGCUGGCUGCCCCGACACCACCGAGGCUACCACCAUCAACAAGGUCUGCGCUUCUGGCAUGAAGGCCAUCUCGCUUGCGGCUCAGAACAUUGCGCUGGGUCAGCGCGGUAUCAUGAUCGCUGGUGGCAUGGAGUCCAUGUCCAACGCUCCCUACUACCUCCCUCGCGGUAACUCGUACGGACACGUGCAGGCCACGGACGCCAUCGUCAAGGACGGCCUGUUCGACGUGUACAACCAGGUUGCCAUGGGCAACUGUGCCGAAAACACGGCCAAGAAGCUCUCGAUCACCCGAGAGCAGCAGGACGCGUUCGCGGUGGAGUCGUACCGACGCUCUGCGGAAGCGUGGAAGGCCAAUGCAUUCGCGGCCGAGAUCGCUCCCGUCACGAUCAGCGACAAGAAGGGCGAUGUGGUCAUCAGCGAGGACGAGGAGUACAAGAACGUCAAGCUGGAGAAGAUCCCCACGCUGCGACCUGUGUUUGACAAGAACGGCACGAUCACGGCGGCGAAUGCAUCGACGCUGAACGACGGUGCGAGUGCGGUGGUGCUGGCAUCCGCGGCCGAGGUGGAGAAGCUGGGCGCCAAGCCGCUGGCCAAGAUUGUGGCGUUUGCGGAUGCGGCGUGUGCGCCUAUCGACUUCCCCAUCGCUCCCGCAUAUGCGAUCCCCAAGGCGCUCGAGCGCGCCGGCCUGACCAAGGACGACAUCGCGCUGUUCGAGAUCAACGAGGCCUUCUCCGCCGUCGCCCUCGCCAACAACCAGAUGCUCGGCCUCGAUGCCAGCAAGGUCAACGUGCUGGGUGGCGGUGUGUCGCUCGGCCACCCGAUUGGCUCGUCCGGCGCCAGGAUCGUCGUCACGCUCGCCCACGCCCUCAAGCCCGGCCAGUACGGUUGCGCCGGUGUCUGCAACGGCGGCGGCGGCGCUUCGGCCAUCAUCAUCAAGCGCGAGAACUAA